UCCCUACUCUUAAGUCCUGGGUCAGUGAUCCAACUAUGGAGGCAGCUGCAGAUCUUCGGGACACGGCCUUGUUAACUCUGAAGUUUAAGUUUAAUCCAAAGCUGGGCAUUGACAAUCCUGUCCUCUCCCUCGCUGAAGACCAGGACCAAUCUGAUCCCUGGAACCUGCACCGGCCUCGCUUCUGUCUGUUGAGCAAGGAGGAGGAAAAGACUUUUGGGUUCCAUUUGCAGCAGCAUCUAGGCAAGGCUGACCAUGUGGUGUGCAGGGUCGAUCCGGGCACCUCAGCCCAGCGCCAGGGUCUCCGGGAAGGAGAUCGGAUUCUAGCGGUGAACAAUAAUAUUGUGGCACAUGAGGACCACGCGGUGGUAGUGCGCUACAUCCGGGCCAGCGGUCCCCGGGUAUUGCUGACGGUCUUGGCACAACACGUGCAUGAUGUGGCACGUGUUCUGCAGGGGAGUGACGCUUUCCUCUGUCCUACCUUAGCCUCGGGGGUCAGGCCCCGGUUGUGCCAUGUAGUAAAAGAUGAAGGCGGCUUUGGCUUCAGCGUCACCCACGGAAGUCGAGGUCCUUUCUGGUUGGUGCUCAGUGCAGGAGGAGCUGCUGAGAGGGCAGGGGUGCCCCCUGGAGCCAGGCUGCUGGAAGUGAAUGGGGCCAGUGUGGAGAAGCUCACAUACAACCAGCUCAAUAGGAGGCUUUGGCAGAGUGGAGAUCGGGUGACUCUGCUGGUGGCAGGGCCGGAGGUAGAGGAACAGUGUCACCAACUGGGAAUGCCUCUUGCUGCACCCCUGGCAGAGGGCUGGGCAUUGCCCGCCAAGCCCCGGUGUCUAAACAUAGAGAAAGGACCUGAAGGCUUUGGGUUCCUGCUUCGGGAGGAGAAGGGCCUGGAUGGCCGACUUGGGCAGUUCUUGUGGGACGUGGAUCCAGGACUACCAGCUGACAAGGCUGGGAUGAAGGCUGGAGACCGCCUGGUGGCUGUGGCCGGGGAAAGCGUGGACGGGCUGGGCCAUGAGGAAACAGUGUCUAGGAUCCGGGCACAGGGCUCUUGUGUCUCUCUCAUUGUUGUCGAUCCUGAGGCUGACCGCUUCUUCACCAUGGUACGCCUGUCUCCCCUCCUAUUCUUGGAGAACACUGAGAUUGCUGCCCCUCCUCUGGCAGAGACCAAGGAUCUUCCAGCUGAAGACACAGUUGAGCCUUCUGGCCUUGCUGGCUCCCGCCAACGCUUCUUGUACCCGGGGCCUGGAGGUGGCUAUGGAUUCAGACUCUGCUGUGUGGCCAGUGGGCCUUGUCUCUUCGUCUCCCAGGUGACCCCAGGAGGCUCAGCUGCCCGGGCAGGGCUGCAAGUGGGAGAUACAGUUUUGGAGGUGAACGGAUAUCCUGUGGGCGGAGACAGUGAACUGGACAGGCUUCAGCAGCUGACUGAGGCCGAGCCACCCCUCUGCCUGAAGCUAGGAGCUAGGAAUCCACAGGGCUUAGAAGCCUGGAUUUCCUUGGAGUCCGGAGAG